AUUGUGUAUAUGACAUGUGUCAUAAUGUUUACAGAUUGAAAAAUGUCCGAUGCAGUCUCGCGGCCAGACGACCUUGUUCAGAGAGGUCCCAAAGUGCACGUGUGGUUUUCACACUCAAAAGGCCACAGUCUCUACUGGACAAGCACCAAUGGUUGUGGAGCAACAGUCUGCCGCUACUGGACCAGCACAGGAGGUCAUGGAGCAGAGUCAACCUCAGCCUCGACUCCAGCCCCAGCCACGGCCUACUGCAUCUGUGACAUCUAGGAUAAUACCAAGUUUGUCAAUGUUUACCAAGCCAAGAUUUGGUGGGUCCCACAUUUCUGCCGCAAAGCCAAAUCUAAGUGUGUCUAGGAGACCAUCUCAGGUUGAUGACCAACCCAGCACAGCAGUGUCCAGUGCCCCUACACCAAGCACCACUGUCUCUACACAAGAUCCUGGAGUUCCAGCCUCUGUCCCCAGAACCACUGCAGAUGUGACCAGUCCUGAGUCUUGCGGUAUUGUCUCGACUGCUCCUUCCGGGGCGUCAUUGCAAGCUCCAUCUGCAGUUCGACUGCACCGUUUGUGGUCGGAGACCUUGCCGCCAGAGGACCACAGGUGGAUUGCCAGCAGGCUUUUUAAAAUGGGGCCCAAGGGAAAACCAGAGCUUCGAGACAACCUACAGCUCUGGUAUUACCCACCACAGCCAGCACUUAUUUAUAACCAGGCUCCAGCUCCAGACAGAUUUUUUUGUCAUGCUCUGUUGCUGUGGAUGCCGUACAAGCUGUGGAAGAUCAAGGCUGUCUGUCCCAAUUCUGCUUGCGGGCAGCAUCAGCUAACAGGAGGCGGUCUGCACAAAAGGGCACGGCAGGUUCUGGACAUCGAUAGGAUGUACAACAUGGUCACAGAAACCCUCAUCUGUACCAAAUGUAAAGCCUCGCAUGUGUCCUGGAGUCAGACUGUCCUGCAACAGCUGGAUCUGGGUCAUCGCUCUGAAUUUCGGGUCAUCCUCACGCGGAAGUAUGCCUGUGAUAUGAGAGUCAUUCGGCUCCUGCGUGAGCGUGGCCUAGGCAACAGUCCCACGCGGGUCAUCAAACAGCUGCGUGAGAACCACAGCGAGGAGUGGCUCCAGCGUAUGGCCCGGUACACCACCCAAUGUGUGGACUUCCUCAAACGACCCGGGGUGUUGCAAAUACCAUUCCAGGAACCCCCAGAGCCUACAGUGGUGCCAAGCUGCAAGUGGCUGCUCACCGUGUACAGCCAAGACAUCCUGACAAGACUGGAUGAAAUCCAUGCAAGGAUAACAUCCACGUAUGGUUCAGUCUUGAAAAUGGAUUCCACUAAAAAGAUCACUAAGAAGCUGGCUGGGACGGCAAGGGGAACGGGACUCUGGCUUACCUCUGUUGGCAAUGAGUUUGGUCAGGUGCUCAUGAGUGUGCUGACAGCACAGGAAGGAGCAGGACUGGACAUGAUGGUCGAUGGUCUGGUGAAGAGGUACCAGCAGGCUAGUGUGGAUCCACCUGCUGUUUUGUAUGUGGACUGUGGCUGCUGCACUGAUGUGGGUGAGACCAAGCUGAAAACCAGAUUCAGAGGUUGGCCUGAUCUCAUGAUUCGCUUGGACAUCUGGCAUUUUAUGCGCAGGAUUGCCGUGGGGUGUACAACUGAUGCCCAUCAGCUGUAUCCCAUCUUCAUGUCACGGCUGUCAGCGUGCAUUUUUGAGUGGGAUGCGGCUGAUGUUUCUAUGCUUCGCAAAGCAAAGAGAGAGCUGUUGAUAUCCCAGGGUUGGCCUGCGCUGACAGAUGAAGAUGUCAACAAGCAUCUUACCAGGGAUGAGCUGGCACUCCAUUGCCGGAGGAGGACCUGUGGAGAGGAGACUACCAUCCUUCUCCUUGAGCGGCUGCUCACAGAGCUCCUGAGCAGCAAGGGCAAAGACUCCCUGGGGGUUCCUCUCCUGGACCGAGAAAGGAUGGAGCACAUCUGGAAUGUCCAGAAGAAGCAUGUUAAAUGCAUUCAAGACCCCCCUGGUGUUAUGCUCUAUACAGAGACAGGGAGUCUAAACAAGGGAGGCGUUCUUCUGAAGACCUACAGAUGUGCCAGAGGCUCCACUUCUCUCGAGUCCUUUCAUUUACACCUAAACCGUUUCAUCCCAGGUAUGUCUUUGUCACACACACUGUGCAUGUGUAAAGAAAGAGCAUUAAGGACCAGUGCAAACAGUCUGAACUUUCAGAUUUAUCUGCUGGAGGGUCUACACCGGUGGAACCAGGACCGGGAGGCUGCUUCCCUGUCAUCGGAGCCAUCAGCUUUGCGCAGCUACACAGGAGAACUUGUUCACUGUGUAAACAGCAAUUAUGAAAAGCUGUUUGGCAGGAAAGUGGUCCCCACGUUUUGUCCCCCUGCAUGUUACACCGGUGAGCUCAUUGGAGUGCAGUAUCUGUUCCAGCAGACUGGUCAGGCACUGCAGGACAUGAAUCCAGACUCUGAGCAGACAGCAGAGCUCAUUGAGGACCUCAGUGUGGAGGAGCGAGAUGAAGAUGAGGGCUUCUGUGACAUCAGCGAGGAUCACACAAUAGCAGAUCCGGAGGCUGUUCUGUCACCGCCCUCUUCCACACUGACACUGGGUUCUUCCACCCUGGUCACCAGCAGUGCCACACCUGUACUGGGCUCCACAUCCCCUCCACUGGUCCCUGACCCCAAACUUGGCCUCACACAGUCUCCUUCAUCACCUGGACCCUCAGGGACUGCCGUCACACCUGUUCCCUCUGAAACAUCUGUUUCAACUCUCCCCUCAGAUCCAGAGGAUGCUGGUCAGGAUGAUGGUGAAGAAGAGACGGCUGUUGACUACCAAAAUGUCCCGGGUUAUCAACAUGUGGACCAGCUGGCAGAAUAUCUGGUGGAUCUCCGGGCCCACACAGCCCUCAGCCUGACCAACCAGGAAGCCAACACCAUUAUUGCUCUUUGGCAGAACCUGGAUGACCGGGACAAGGAACGGGUGGUGUAUGACAGUCGAUGCCGAAAGAGACUGCUGAGUGGACGCUUCAAAGUCCCGAAGAGGCCCACUCACCCUGGUGUAGAGAGCACCACCAGAUGUGUGCUGGGUGCAAGCAGCUCACCUGCUCAGUGGCCUGACUGUUGCCGUCUGGUGGAGACCAUCUUCAUCAGACUUUGCACUGUCCACCCAAGCCCUAAAAGAAAAGGCAAGGGAGCCCUGUCAAGAUGGUCUCUGAUCCUGCAAGACUAUCGCAGGAUAAGGCAGCUUGUACUGGGCAACAGCUUGGUGAUGGGAGGAACAUCGAUGCAGCUGGUGGAGGUUAACCAGAACACCCUGAUUCAGUGGUAUAACAGAAGACAGAAAAAGCAGGAGCUGUCUGUGCUGCUUCAGGGUAUUCAGUUGCCUCAGCCCCUCCCUGAAGCUCCAGAGCCUCUCCAGGUUGCCAAACGUCUACGGACUGAGCCAGAACAACCAGGGGAGCAGCACCAGUACAAGCUACCAGAGAGCACAGCUGGUCAGGCAAAGCAGAGGCAGACUUCUGUUGGGCGACCCCCUCUCAGACCCAAGGCACCAGCGCAGAGUCAGAUGUUGCUGACACCAUCAGCACCUGGAGCAUCACUGCAGAUGGUCCCAAAUAUACUCAUACCAUCAGCACCAGGUUUCCAGGGUGUGCCAAUGUUUCAGGGUGUGCCAAUGAUCCAGGGAGUUCAAAUGAUCCAGGGUAUCCCAAUGGUCCAGGGGAUGCAAAUGAUACAGCCACUGUUACAGCCAACAGCUGUACAGGGCACUCGCUUACCCGCUGCACCAGCUGCCCAUCCAGACGCCAUGCCCAAGAGACCCUACAGGAGAACAGUUGCGGCCAACACUUGCAAAAAAUGUGGGCAAUAUAAAACAAGUGCAACAGGUCAUAGCCAGUACAGGGGCAGGGUGUACUGCCCACAGACUGAGACUGUUACAAAAGAGGACCUGAAGUGGGACAAUCACAUUGACUCCAUUGUGAAAAAGGCCCAGCAGAGACUGUACUUCCUUCGCCAGCUGAGGAAGUUCAACUUGCCACAGGAGCUGCUGAUUCAGUUCUACUCAGCCGUCAUUGAGUCUGUCUUAUGCACUUCCAUCACUGUCUGGUUUGGUUCAGCUACCAAAUCAGACAUCAGGAGACUACAACGGACAGUCCAGACUGCGGAGAGGAUUAUUGGUGCCCCCCUGCCAAACCUCCAGGACCUGUACUCUUCCAGAGUGAGGAAGAGAGCAGGUAAAAUCAUCACAGACUCCACUCACCCUGGACACCACCUAUUUGAACUGUUACCGUCAAGACGGCGACUCAGAUCACUGGCCACUAGAACAUCUCGGCACAGGAACAGUUUCUUCCCACAGGCCAUAUCCCUCCUGAACAGUUAA